GUUGUUCUUCACAUUAACCCUGACUUGACCUCAAAUCAUCACUGGCGUCUUCCAUGACGCCUGCUCCCCGCAAUAGUCGCUAGACGGGUCCGAUACCGUCUCAACCAUCGAGCCACCUUACGGGAUGCUUGGGCUUCAUGAGGGGUAUCAAGCCGCCAAGCACCAAGCAAGUUUUACCCCGCGGCAAAGUCCAAUUUCGGGUGUGCAUCCAGGUCGGUCACGGAAGAAUACAUCAAAGUGACUCGAUACAGAAGAGGGCGCGCAACGCGCGACGCGUCUUCUUCGCCGGAAAAACCGUGUCAUGCAAUCACUGUAGUAUCCGACGUCUGCGAACGGCGAACUUCGGUGGCAGCUCGAGUGUUCCUCAACCUCACCUCGGUGCUCCUCAACGAGUCUCCAGAUGCGAACUCACCUCACGACAAUACUAUUUGCCAUUGGGAUGGGGCAAUGGGCGUGGUUCGCAAGCAUUGUUUAUCGCCGCGGCGAUGGAGUCUCCGUGUUUGCUCGGAGGACAUGAGGUGAGCAACUCGAUCAUCAUUUACCCCAACCGUGACAUGCUUGAAUCGGUAUGACCCAGCAUGACUCGUCUGAGAGGAAAGGCCCAUAACGUUGUGCUCUUCGGAUCUAUUUUCUACCAGUAUAACACAUCGUUGACAAUGUGUCCGCCAUCCGCCCUCGAAGAACUCAGUUCUGGCCACUCACCAGCACAGGGCACCACCAAAAUCCCAGCCUGCGUCCCAACCGACGCCCUCUCCCUUGCAGCCUACGCUCACGUUGGGACAGUCAGUCCUGGAGAAGACGACGACGAGUGACCUCGUAUAGCAGGGAUGAGUGUCUACUGACACGCACGAACACGCUAUGUACCGACUACGCUGGCCAUGCCGGCCCUAAACUACGCAUCGUGCCUUCCUCAAGGCUCGGUCCGAUCCUCCCUAGUCCAACGUCCGUACACAUCUCCACCCCCUCAUCCUUGCACACAGCCUACGAACCUUCCUGCACGCUAAAACC